UUAAGGCACAAAUCAGAUUUUAGUAGUUCAAGGUUGGUAUAAUAACAUUGUAGGCUAUCAUCUACUGAAAUGUAUGAACUGUAAAAUAUACAGCCACUAAAAUGUCAUCCCAUAAUCCUCAGAUGACCAGAUAAACUAUAAUGAUAGAUAGAUAGAUAGAUAGAUAGAUAGAUAGAUAGAUAGAUAGAUAGAUAGAUAGAAUAUCUCCACAGCACAGAAUUUUCUCGGAGACAUAAACUACACAUCGUUACUCGUGCUCGAAUUUAGAUUUAUCUGAAAUGGGAAAUGACGUGCCUCUGCUACGUUCUAGAAAGCACACUCUGAUUCCAGAGCUGCACUGGUACAGGGGAGGGAGCAAUGGCUAUUUAAAGAGGGUAAAAUAACACAAGAUCUUUAGUGCUGAGUAACCGCCUCCAAACAGACACAACAGGCUCAACUGAUCAUCUGUAUCACGGUUUAAAGAGGCAGGUUUUGACACCGUAGUCACCACGACGGUGCAUUUAUUCACUGUCUUUUUCAAGAGACUUACGAAUCCUCGGGAAGCGGCGCCAACCGGGUCUGCAUAGGAGAAAAUGGGCAAAGAUUAUUACAAAAUAUUGGGAAUCGCAAAAGGAGCAUCAGACGACGACAUCAAAAAGGCGUACAGAAAACAGGCUCUGAAAUGGCAUCCUGACAAAAACAAGACGGCCAAUGCGGAGGAGAAAUUCAAGGAGGUCGCGGAGGCUUAUGAAGUUCUUAGUGAUCCAAAGAAACGAGAAAUAUAUGACCAGUACGGUGAAGAAGGCCUUAAAGGAGGUGGAGGGGCGACCGACGGGCCAGGAGGCAACUUCACCUACACCUUCCAUGGAGAUCCUCACGCGACGUUUGCCACGUUUUUCGGGGGAGCCAAUCCUUUCGAGAUAUUUUUUGGCAGGAAAAUCAAUGGACGAGAUGACGAUGACAUGGAGGUGGACGGAAAUGACCCCUUUGGUUCUUUCACGAGUUUUAACAUAAAUGGAUUUCCACGCGAGCGGCACGUUGGUCCGGGCGGCCCGCCGCGCAGAAAACAGGACCCCGCGAUCCACCACGAGCUCCGGGUGUCUCUAGAGGAGGUCUUUCACGGAUGCACCAAGCGCAUGAAAAUCUCACGCAAGCGCUUGAAUCCAGACGGUCGGACUUUGAGAAACGAGGACAAAAUCCUCACUAUUGAGAUCAAGCGUGGGUGGAAAGAGGGAACCAAAAUCACGUUUCCACGCGAGGGUGACGAAUCGCCUAAUACUAUUCCUGCCGAUAUUGUGUUUGUCAUUAAAGACAAGCCCCACGCCCACUUUCGCCGAGAGGGGUCUGAUAUCGUGUACCCGGUCCGGGUCAGUUUGCGCCAGUCAUUGUGUGGCUGCUCUGUCACCGUGUCGACGAUAGACGGUAAAACGUGCAAUAUAAAGAUAACUGAUGUUAUCAAACCUGGCAUGAGGAAGAUCAUUGCUGGACAAGGACUGCCCUUCCCAAAGAACCCAGAACAAAGAGGAGACCUUAUUGUGGAGUUUGAUGUGAACUUUCCUGACAGUCUGCCAUCGAAUGCCAAGGAUGUCCUGAAACGACACUUACCGGUCUCAUAAAGUGAGCUUGGACAGACUUUAGUGACAUUUCUAUGAACAAUUCAGUCCCCUUCAUAGGUGGACUAAUAUGACAAAUCAAAUUUUGAGAAUGUGCAAUUUCUAUUUUUUAUCUAAAUGUUUGUUAAAUAUAUAUAUGUAUAUGUUAUAUAUCUAAUGCAUAUAUAUGAAUUAUGUUGCAUGCUUGUGUAUGUCAGUGACAGUGCCAACUUACAGUGCAAUCUAUGUCUGAAUAUUUUUUGUUAUUUUUAUGCUUCUUUUGAAUUGUGCGGUAUUGAAAUAAGUGUUUUGCAGACUAAAUUAUACUGAUCUAUUUGUUUGCCUUUUACAAGUAGAUCCCAUCUGUGCUGACAGAUCAUGUACUGUUAUUCUUUCUAAAUGCACAAUAUGAUAUAAUUUUAGUAAAUGAUGGCUUGGAGUGAACUGUGUGACGGUACCAUGGAUACUUGCCUUCAUUUGUGAUAGCAUUUAGCAAGACUCUACUAAUGCCUUGUCAGAUCUGAUAUGUCAGAUCCGUUUAAAUGUGAGUAACGGACUCACAUAAUGUAACUGUCUUUGACAGAGACCAAAAAUUUGGUUACUUGUGCUGUGGGUUCAUAGCAUACCAUGUUUAUUCAUGGAAAAUUAAGAGAGCGUUUGCAUUAUUAGAAUUACUUUAUCUUACACUGACUACUCCUAGUGCAUUGUGUUGAAGGUUUAUGGUUAA